AUCUGAUCUUUGAUAUCGCUGCGACUGAGAACAGCAGACAGCAGCAUCUAUGUUUGUAUAUAUCUGUGGUGAAGCGGACCAGACGCUCUCUCUUGUUUGUGAGACUUUAAAAAACUGGUGCACUGAGCGAAAAACCUUUACAGUAAAAUCAAGCAGAGAGCAGAACGAGAACAGAUACCAUGCUGGACACUUUCAUUCUUGCUUGGAUUUUCAUCUUCCUCCUCUUCCUCUUCAUCAGGAUCCAGAGACCCAAGAACUUUCCUCCCGGACCCCGGCCUGUGCCCCUUCUCGGGAAUCUGUUUGAGCUGACCAUUGGCGAUCCACUGAAAGACUUUGAGAGGUUGGCUCAGCGCUAUGGGAACGUUUACAGCCUCUACUUUGGAGGAACACCAGCCGUGGUUCUUAAUGGUUUCAAGGCUGUGAAGGAAGCUCUGGUGAUCAAGGCUGCAGACUUUUCAGGACGUCCACAAAACAUCUUAAUGAGUCAUCUAACGCAAGGAAAUGGGGUCGUAUUUCUCGACUAUGGUCCUGCCUGGAAGGAGCAUCGGCGCUUUGCCCUCACGACCCUGAGGAACUUUGGCAUGGGGAAGCGGUCUAUGGAGGACAGGAUCCUGGGAGAGACCGAACACAUUGUUGCUUGUUUGGACAAAAGUGCUGGAGGCUCCAUCAAUCCUGAGACUUUGUUUCAUAAAGCUGCAUCAAAUAUCAUCUACCUGGUUUUAUAUGGCACUCGCCUUGACUAUGAGGACAAAACCCUCCAAGAAUAUUUUGACCACUACGAUGAAGUUGCAAAGGCUGCCAAUGGACCCUGGGGAACGAUUUAUGAUAUGGUUCCUAUUGUGAGAGCCCUGCCCCUUCCCUUUAAGAAAGCCUUCACACAUUUUGAAGCAAUCAAAGCCAUGAUAGCAAGCAUGGUCAGAAAACACAAGACAUCCAGAAUCCCAGGAGAGCCAGAAAACUUUGUCGACUGCUAUCUGGAUGAACUUGAUAAGGGAGCAAAUAAUGGAUCCUACUUUAAUGAUGCAGAUCUUGUGAGAACCAUCAUGGACCUGCAUGGUGGUGGGACAGAAACCACCUCCAACACCCUCCUAACAGCGUUCCUCUACCUCAUGACCAAACCAGGCAUUCAGGAGAGAUGUCAGAAGGAGAUCGACGAUGUUCUGGAGGGUAGAGCUUACGCGUCCUUUGAGGACAGACACAAGAUGCCCUACACACAUGCUGUGAUCCACGAGUCUCAGCGCAUUGCCAGUUCCUUCCCCCUCAGUGUACCCCACUGCACCACAAAAGACACUGAACUGAUGGGCUACAGCAUCCCAAAGGGUACUCUAAUCAUACCAAACCUCCUGUCAGUGCUGAGGGAGGAAGACCAGUGGAAGUUUCCUCAUGAGUUCAAUCCAGCUAACUUCCUGAAUGAGCAGGGACAGUUUGAGAAGCAUGAGGCUUUCCUGCCCUUUUCUGCUGGGCCUCGUGUGUGUCUUGGUGAAGGUCUGGCUCGAAUGGAGCUCUUCCUCAUCUUGGUCACUCUGCUGCGCCGGUUCCAGUUUGUCUGGCCUGAAGAUGCAGGAGAACCAGACUAUACUCCUGUAUUUGGAGUCAGUCUCAAACCCAAACCAUACAGGAUGGGGGUCAGACUGAGAUAAGCAGCUAAAGAAAUAAAGAAAGACCAAACAGGGAUGCAGCAAGUUUGCAAAAACUUGUUGAAAGAAAUGAAUCCAGGCUGUAAGAGGGAUACCUGGUGUUUCUGACCAGACUGAUUUCAAUGCCCCCCUCACUUUGAACAACAAUCCCUCCGGAAUCCAGCGAGGCUCGCAUAGAUGAAAGUUGAGGCUCCUCCCAGCAACGGAAACGCCAUAGAAAGCAUUGUGGUCGAGCACAUCUCCCCACGGUAGAAGAGAAACUUCUGGACUUUCUUUAUACAGCCUCUCUGGUGCCGUCCAGUGCUCUGUAGAGCUGCAGUGGGUCCGUGCUCGUCCUCACGGUGUUGCCCACUGCUCUGGAGAGUGCUAGUAAGCAGCGGCCUGCCUCUGAGAAUGUCACAGCAGGUCAGUCUGCCUCCGAGGACGUCGGUGUGGUUCAGCCUGUGUGUGUUUUCAAAACAGACCCCCCGCAGUCUCAGGAGUGCCCUGCCCAGCCGACCUCUGUGUCUCCAAACCUUCCCAUGGUCUCAAUGCCUCCAGACCUGCCCGUCCAAUCACACAAAACCUAAAUCAAAAGGAUGAAACCAACUGUUUAUAUUAUUAAUAGUUGUUAAUAAUGGUCCCCAGACACUGCCAAAAAAAGUUCACAUUUUUUCAAUAACAGCUGGGAAUAUAUAUAUAUAGUUUGCACAUAUAAAAAUAAUAUUUAAAUAACAUAUAAAUAUUUAAUAACAUAUAAAAGCACAUCUGGUUCUGUAAUGUACAGCAUCAGGUUCACUAAAUAAAAUACUCAUAUCAACAGUAGCAAAUUACUACUUUGGUCAUAGGUUGCAACAGAACUUAUUUCAGAACAUGUGGAGUGCAGUGUAACCAGCUUGGUAUUUUCUGAAAUUAGCUCUUUUGCAGACUAUGACCAAAGUGGCUCUUUCCUUCUAUGAGUAUUUUAAAGUUUGUGAUUCUGAACAUUACAGACCCAGCCAAGUAAUAGCAUUCUGACUGCUAUAAACAAGCUAACUGAAAAGACUGACCACUUUGGUAAAACUGGUGAGCAGAGUAGCAAGUAGUUGUUGACACCGUCGAUUUCCAUUCGUCCUGGGUUGUUUUGCUUCGGUUCUGUUCUGCUUGGCUGGUUUGGCCUACCUCUCUCUCUCUCUCUCCCCCCUUGUUUGCUCUCUCUUCUUCAAGCCCCUGCAAGUCAUUUGUGUAUUCUGGUUCAAAUUAGUUUGGCUCUACAACAUUUUAGAAACAGACCUUAUCAAAGUCCUCCACACACUUUGCCAUCUUCCAAACGUAGGUCAGAAAACUGUAAAAAUAAACUGUAAACAGAAGCUGCUGCCGGUGUUUUAUCAGAAGAAGUUCCCCCUCAAACUCACUUUCCAUUUGAUGACAAAUGAGGUUUUCGGGCGUGCACAUUCACUGAGCAACACCAAGCAACAUUGGAACUACAGAAAGCAAAAAGGUUAAAAAAAAAUGAUUUCAUGAUAAAUAUUAUUAUUAGUAUUUUUUUUUUUUUUACAGAUAUUUUUUGAGCUGUUCGUCUCUGACUGGGUCAAUAUGUUAGCUUGCGCGCUGAUUGAUCUCAGUUAAGAAUGCGGUUUAGGCCAUUUUCUCACAUCUCUGGCAGGAAACUUAACAGUUUCUUGUAAAACAUCUCUUAGCGUUCGACUUUUUACAAGGCUGAAGUCAGUUUCAAAUUCUCCAGUUUGUCGUUCACAUUGUUCCAUGGCACCUUAAAUGGUGCCUGGGGCUGCAACAUUUCAUGUGGAAAAAGAUCAUUUGAAUGAAGUUGAUUCUUUAGCGUUUUAUAGCUUCUUUAUAGCUAAUAACUAGGCGAGAUUGUUGUCUGCAUUGCUAUGGUGACCAGCAGUCCACUACAUUAACACCAGCAUUUAAGACCAUGUAUUGUUAAAACUCUGUUGAAUGCUCAGCAGAGCUUUAUUUUAUUGCACAGAAGGAUUAUUUUAUUUCUACCUAAAAAUGUCAUUUUUGCUGUGGAGCUACACCAGUGUUGCUGACCACUGAGGUAGACGAUGAAUGAGAGAGUACAGUGAAAACCUCUCCAGGAAACACAUUGCACUGACAUGGAUCAAAGAUUUUGGACUUGUCAAUGAACGGACAAAAUUCUGUUCAGUCUCUACAAAAUCUGUAGGUACAGCUAUUUUAACGGAAGUACUUGGAGGGUCUUAGAUAAGAUUGUUUUUUCCAAGAUCAUUGGCUCAGGUCAGUUAGGUUAGGCACACUUACAUUCAAGAACCAAUUUCAUUACAACCACUGUCCAUCCAGUGACUGCUGUCCCACUGCUCUCUGCUCUUUGUCAACAAACAGAUCAUAUCAGAGGUUCAUGGUCAUGUAAGUUCAUCACUUUAUAGCUUUGGGCCAGCUGAGUUCAUCACAGCAUUCAAGAGCCAACUGUCAUAAAUAAAGGGGAGGCCAGCUUGAGGUAGAUUACAAUGGUACGCAAUAAAGCUUAUGGUCUAAUUGUACAGUUGUUGGGGAAAUUGUCCAUCUAAAUAAAAUAAAUAAAUAAAUAUA